ACUAUCCGGCAGUGGCGUUGGCUCUCCUUCCGAACUUCAACCAUCCAUCACAAACAAAAUCACUCCGCCAUGUCUUCAGAACCAGUCAACAUCGCCCCUGCCGACGAAACCAAUCCAGUGCCGAUCCCCAACUUACUCCAGCAGGAGCGACGUUUUGUACUCAACCAACCCAAUUGCUCUGCUCUUCAUGAACAGGCAGCAAAGGAACUUUUACAAGGCAUCAUUCAAGAUGAAAUGGGACCGUUUCUCGAGACCAUCCUAAAAUCAGAUUCGACGACGAUUUCGAAGACGUUUCAAAAGAUCGUACCCAGCCAACUAGUCUCGGAGCUAUCGGCAAAAAACAAGGAACACAUCGAGUCCAUCCAAACUAAACUGAACGAUGCCAUCGAGAACUUGGGGGAAACUGAAGUCUCGGAUCUCUUACGGACAAAAGCCCUCUAUCUCUCCAAGAUUGGUGCUGAAAAAGCUCUCAGUGUGGCCGCGUUCGAGGAGGCAUUGAAGAAACAGGCCGGACUGGGAAGCAAAAUCGACCUCAGGUUGGGUCUCAUUCGGGUGGGAUUCUUUCAUGGAGAUCAUCAAUUGAUCAUGGAUCAAAUUCUCGAAGCCAAACAACUCGUUGACUCUGGAGGUGACUGGGAUCGUCGAAAUCGUCUGAAGGUUUAUCAAGCCAUGAACUUUAUGGCGGUGCGGAACUUUAAAGAGGCGACCCCUCUUCUACUCGACACUCUCAGCACAUUUACAGCCACCGAAUUGUUGAGCUAUGAGGACUUUGUCACGCUUACUGCGAUUUCGGCCGCGCUUACGCUCGAACGAAAGGAUAUGAAGAAGAAGCUCAUCGAAUCCCCAGAAGUCAUUCAGAUCAUCCCCGAACGACCCCACUUACACGUUAUGGUUUGCGCGAUCCACAACACAGAGUACGACAAAUUCUUUGUUGAACUUGCCAAAGUAGAGCAAACAUAUCUGUUGCCAUCCAGGUGGUUAUCAAUACACGCGAGGUAUUACGUUAGAGAGAUGCGAAUCAAAGCAUAUAGCCAAUUACUGGAGAGUUAUCGAAGUGUCAGUAUCAAGAGCAUGGCUCAAGCCUUUGGAGUGACAGAAGAUUACAUCGACAGUGAACUGGCACGGUUUAUCGCAGCUGGUCGGUUGAAUUGUGCGAUUGAUAAGGUCAAUGGGAUCGUCGAAACCAAGCGAGCAGACGGGAAGAAUGCGAUGUAUACAUCAGUGCUCAAAAAUGGCGAUGCCCUACUAAACUCAAUUCAAAAGCUCAGUCGUGUGAUUGGAUGAGAUUCCUGUUUGCAAUUAUCAUUCCAAGAUGCUCCUUCAUCCGGAGUUGUAAUUUAAAAAACAUGUUGACGUGUGUUCACUGAAUUAGACUUAGCAGUAUUAUUCCAAUCUUUCAACUUUAGGCUGCAGGGGUACGUGCUUGACCAUUUUUUCAGUCAGGUUCAGAUGAGGAGGUGCUUCAGUGAGCUUGAUGGUCAAUGGACCCUGCUUGUACCGGGCAGGUUCUUCUAACAAAUUGUCUUAUAUAGUUUUUGACUGGACUCAGUUACACCUGACAUCCGCAGAAUGCUACACAACAGAAUAUGUCCCAAGAGGCUAAGGUGUCCUUUUGAGCAAGUUUCGUUCUCACACAAGAAGUUGCUACCUCUAAAACGUUGAUUCUUUGCUUAUUUUAGUGAUGAGUCGACUUGAAAUUCCUCUUGCAUGUAUCCUAUUACUUGGGAUGAGCCACUUCAGUCUCAGUGUAUUAUAUGAUACAAGUACAGAUAUUAAUACGAACUGACACAUGAUUCACCUUAGUUUAAAAAUGAGGAAAGAGAAUGAUAUAUGAAUGGAAGAGGCAAAUAA